AUGAACGAAUGGAAAUCUUUUCAGUCUGUCAAUCCAUCGGUGCCAGAGCGCCUCGCGAUGCGCAGCCUGCCGCAGGCGUUUUUCGUACCCCCUCUUCCAAAGGCACGAAUGGAUCUUCUGAUGCAGAUGUGGCCGAGCAAUGCGGAGAGGGGAGAUGGCAGCAUCUCGAUGCGACUGUGGUACGUGGAUCGCGCAGGGUCUAGAUGCUCUUCGAGGCAAAAGUUUCCGUUUGACACUGUCGCCGAUGACGCCAUCCGGCUCACCAUGAGCAGCAUACUGGAGUUCGUGAAGAUGGAGGAGAAAACUGGCGGGACGGCGCUAAUCUUUGUCUUCCGUGUUAAGGGGCGAAACGAGUACAUUUACGGUUCGCAGCCUCUUAUCAAUUUUCGUCACAUUCGGGAGUGUGUUAGCAAGCAGGCCGAGAUAGAUGUGGUCGUGGAGCCGAAAGAAGCGACCCUUUUCACGGCACCACUUUUUCGCCCGUCCUAUCUGCCUCGGGCCCUUGCAAAUCCUUGUGACGCACAUUCGUCAAAGUCCAGUACCUCUGACAUCUGUUUGUGGGACCUGGCCAACAAGCUCUCUCUCAGGGUUGUCGGCGGUUUUGAAAAUCUUGUUAUCUCCGCGUCGCGCAUGAAGGAGGAAAACGUGCGCGACUCUUCGAACCUGUACUUUGCAGUUCUUGUGGAGGCGUAUGUUGGCACCUGGCGUUGCUGCGAACCCCAAAUCACCGGCUGGCAGCUCUGCAAGAAUGCAAAGAACAGCCACAGCUUAGCUACGAAGCUGCAAUGGGAGGAUGGUGGAAAGGUGUCCUUCAGCAUCGAUCUGUCAAAUGUGCCGAGAGAGCUAAGGCUGUGUUUUACGCUGGUAGCUUCCUCGACCGACAGAAUCGCCGGUACUCGGGCAGCCACUGCAGAGGAGGUGAUUGCCGCUGUGGAGGACAACGCUAAGAAACCCGACUAUCAAGGCCACUCGGUUUUUUUCCUGGGUACGGCCGCCACGCAGCUUUUCGAUUACGCUGCGGUAAUGCGGAUGGGUAUGUGGCGCAUCUACCUAUGGGAUGGCAAGACCCGCGCGAACCCGAUUGGCUUGAACUCCAUCAACCCCGAUUCCAACGCGUGCACGUUCGAGGUUGAGUUCCCGUGUUUCGACAAGCCUGUUUGUUUUCCCAGCGGUCGACCCCCACAGCGAAAAGAGGAGGAUGCUCGGCGAAGCUUUGCUAGCCGUGAGGCCGCCUUGAGCAGCCAUCUGAUCAACAGCGAAGUAGAACAACUGCGCCAGCUGAAGCGGGUGCUGAUGUACGACCCCCUGGUGUAUCUCACGAGUGAUGACAAGACUAUUCUGUGGAAGUACAGGGAGGCGCUGCUCGGCCGACCAAAGGCAAUGGCGAAGGUGUUGAGUGCGGUGAACUGGCUGAUGCCUUUCGAUGUGUACGAGGCACACUGUCUUUUGCGUCGAUGGUCCCCGCUGGCUGCGUUCGAUGCGCUGGAGCUGCUUGACGCGCAUUAUGCUGACUUGGUGGUUCGUGAGCAGGCGGUAGAGUACAUUGAUAAAAUGUCGGACUAUGAGCUGCGUGGUUGUAUUCUGCAACUCGUGCAGGUACUCAAGUACGAGUCGUAUCACUACUCUGCUUUGGCGCGUUUUCUCCUUAGGCGGUCGCUUCGCUCAAACCACAUAAUUGGCCACUACGUUUUUUGGUACCUAGCUGCCGAAGUCAAGAACCUGACCAUGUGCGAGCGACACGGACUCCUUUUGGAGGAACUGAUCAAGCGCUCCCCGCAUCGGUUGAACUACGUGCGACAAGUGUACGUUUGCAAUGAGCUGCUUAAGUGUGCACUGAAGGUGCAGCGGGCACCGAAGAAAGAUCGUGUCAAGUGUCUGCGCGCGAGUCUCGCUAAGGCGUGCUUUCCUGACCGCUUUACUCUCGCUCUGAACCCCUCAAUGGAGUGCUGCGCGGUGGAUAUCGAUGAGUGCAAGGUAAUGGAGUCGAAAAAGUUUCCGCUAUGGCUUUCUUUUCGGAAUCAUCUCGAUCAAGACGAGCGCUUUUUAAUCAUAUUCAAGUCUGGCGACGACCUCAGACAAGACGUGCUUACACUGCAGCUGCUGGAGUUCAUGGACAGCCUGUGGAAAGCGUCCGGUCUGGACCUUCACCUCAUCCCAUACGGUUGCAUCUCUACAGGAGAAGGCGUUGGCAUGAUCGAAGUGGUGUUGAACAGUGACACGAUCGCCAAUAUCACGAGACGCGAGGGUGGGGCACAGGCUGCGUUCAACUUUGACCCGAUCAUAAAUUGGCUGCGUCACUUCAACCAUGACCGAAGUGAGGUGGAGCGGUGCCUGUGGAAUUUUGUGCUUAGUGUCGCCGGCUACACGGUGGCUACCUACGUUCUGGGCAUCGGCGAUAGACAUAAUGACAACAUCAUGCUCCGAGAGGAUGGCACCCUCUUUCACAUCGAUUUUGGCCACUUUCUGGGCAACUUCAAGAGCAAGUUCGGCAUCAAGCGUGAGACAGCACCUUUCAUUUUUACUCCCAUGUACCUGUAUGCGAUGGGUGGGUCGAGUAGCCCGAUCUUCAAGUACUUUGUGGACAUAGCAUGCCAAGCGUACAACACGCUGCGGGGGCACAGCAGCGCACUUAUGAUGCUUUUUAUGCUGAUGCUCUCUACGGGCAUACCGGAGCUACAAACCCUGGAGGAUAUCGAGUGGCUGCGCAGAGUACUUCUUCUUAACUGGACCGAUGAGGAAGCCUCCAAGCACUACAAAGGCCUCAUCAACGACGCACUGAACAAUUUUCGAACACUGCUGAACGACUACAUCCAUAUUAUGGUGCACUGA